GAAAUCGUUAUCGUACGUCCAUGUCUUUUCUCCGGCCACCGAAACGAUGCCAUCUGUUUUGUGCGUCUUCUUCUUCUUUAUAAACCAUACGUCUUCGUCCUUCUUCCUUUCACCUCUUUUUCGACUCUAUUAUUAAAACUCGAGCUCUCCCUUAUUCCAUCACUCUUCUUAAACACAAACAAAAAAAUUCGAUCUUUAGGGUUUUGCUUCGAUCCCGCUUAGUCAGCUUCGGCGUAAAGGUACGGGCUUUAUCCUCAAUUAGAGGAUCGGGUGUUUGAAUCUAGCAGAAUUUGAGUAUCCUCUGUAGCUGAAUUGCUCGAAUUGCUGUGAAAUUAGGGAUUUUUAUUGAUUCACGAGCUCGAGAUUUGAUUUUGGGAAAGUAUCGAUUUUUUUUUGUGUGUUGGUGAGGUCAAUUAAAGAGAAAAGGUUGAUUUUGUUUUGUGGUGGGUGGGUUUGUUUUAGUAAUGGAGGACGGUGAGCUUGAAUUCUCGAAUCAGGAAGUGUUUUCGAGUUCGGAUAUGGGUGAGUUACCACCUAGCAACUGUUCGAUGGAUAGUUUCUUUGAUGGGCUUUUGAUGGAUACUACUACUACUAAUGCUGCUUGUACCCACACUCACACCUGUAACCCCACGGGACCAGAGAAUACCCAUACUCACACGUGUUUCCAUGUCCACACCAAGAUUCUUCCUGAUGAGAGCGAUGAGAAAGUUUCCACUGAUGAUACAGCUGAGUCUUGUGGGAAAAAGGGUGAGAAGAGACCUUUGGGGAACCGAGAAGCUGUUAGGAAGUAUAGAGAGAAGAAGAAGGCUAAAGCUGCUUCCUUGGAGGACGAGGUGGCAAGGCUUAGGGCGGUCAAUCAGCAGCUGGUGAAGAGGUUGCAAAAUCAGGCUACCUUGGAAGCUGAGGUCUCAAGGCUUAAGUGUUUGCUUGUUGAUUUAAGAGGAAGGAUUGAUGGGGAGAUUGGAUCUUUUCCUUAUCAGAAGCCUAAUAUUCCCUCUUUCUCCCACAUGAUGAAUCCGUGUAAUGUACAAUGCGAUGAUGAAGUUUACUGCCCUCAGAAUGGGUUUGGAGGGAAUAACCAAGAAGGUGCAUCUAUCAAUGACCAAGGGCUGGGUGGUUGUGAUUUUGAUCAGCUACAAUGCUUGGCUAAUCAGAACUUAGGUGGGAAUGUAAACGGAUCAUUCAACAAUGCCAAUGCACCUGUCUCGAAUAAGAGAAAAGGUGGACAUCGCGCAUCAAGAGCUGUUUGAAGUACCAUCAAGCUUGUACCAUCUAUUUCCACCAGCAUAGAUAUUGUAUUCCAAAUAAGUUAUAGAGUUUAGCUGCAGCAUCAGCUCCGCUCAGGUUCCUUUGUGUUCUCACAGGUUCCUUUGUGUUCUCAUUUUUGUUUUUUUGUUCUCUGACUCUGUUUACCUACCAUUGUAUUUCCUUGUUGAGCUUGCCGAACUAGAAGGAUGAUAUUGUUAAUACAAACUCAAAUAUUUUGUGUGCUCCUGCCAUUUGUUUCCAUACUUGAGUUGCUUCUUCUUAAGCUUGUGUCGAAGAAGUUGAUUGAAUAUUGGCUCUGUGCAUGGCAAGUAGCAGUUGUUUGGCUACAGAAGUUGUUGAUGAGAUGCAUGAAGUUUUAUUAAACUGCUGAAUUACAGCUUUAAGGAGUUGGUGGGGAGUGAGUGUCUUUAUGGCCCGAGUGAGAUCUCUGGACAGGUGAGUUAUAAAAGAUUCACUUCCUGAGAUCUCCUACCUUAUAUGCUUUAAAGAGAACAACUAUACUUGAGGAUUCUUGAAUCUUAUUGAAUAGUACCCAGGUUUGGUAGUAAAGGCAGGAUUUCGAUUUCCCGUUAAGCAUCAUGUUGUUUGGUGAAGAACAAGGUAUGCCCAUGAAGCAGAAUGUUUUUGUACUUCGAGCUUGAGGUGGCUGUCUCAGUGUCUCUGUUCUAGCCUAACUGUAACAUUGCAAUGUUUUUACAAUUGUGAUCCCAAGUUGCUUAGCAAACCCUUUUGUUGACUUCUAUGGGAUUUAUAGUUUUAACUUUUAUUUGAUCUAAUCCCAGAAUCAGGCUGUAGUUUAUUGUAAAUCUCAAGAAUCAUAGCAUAUGUCCUGGAAAAACAAUUAUUUCGUACUUAGGGUAGUGCAUA